UGGAGAACGCUUCCAUUGCAGCCAUUAACUUCAUUCUUCAGGAGGCCUCGCUAAAUAUCACUUAACUUCAAAGUGGCCCUGUAUAAGCAACAAAGCUGUCUGAUUUUUUUUAAUUUUUUUUUUUUUUAUUUGACGUUUUUUUUUUACACUUCCCAGAAAGGGUCAACAACAAAGCCUUCAGCUGAGCACUUAACCGUAAAAGCCUUUUUCAACAAUUUUAAGUUUGAUUGAUUAGUGAGCGGCUCAAAACAGUCACACUGAAUUUGCACUUGUACUUUCAUUUGAUAUUUCAUUUGGGUAAAUGAGACAAAGUCCGUAGGCACAGUCAUAUAGGCACAGUGUUUUAAGGUUCCACAGGUGUUAGUUUUCUUGUGGAAAUACUUGGAUUCCGUUAUGUUUUCACGGUCUGAAAAAAUGGUUACAUUUUGACGACAUGCUACCUGACAGCAUAUGAAGGCGACGCUGCUAACAUCAGUCCUGCUUCCAUUACAGCCAUUAACGUCAUUCUUCACGAGGCCUCGCAAAUUAACACUUAACUUCAUAGGGGCCCUGUAUUUUUAAUAAAGCCGUCUUGAGUUCUGCAAUACUAAAUUCAUGCUAAAUGACAUUUCCUGGCCCUGCAUACAUGCAGAACCUUUUGAUGUUGCGGAUCCACCUUUUGAUUUUUAUGUCCAGCCCAACAUAGUUUGACAUUUAAUAGCCAAUCAUGUGUUUCAGAAUUAUCAACACGGGCGCCUCACUGAAAUCCACAGGUGGUUGGUCGACGCAGCAAACUAGCAGCCUUGACUCAAGCGUGAGGAAAUAGAUGACUAAAAAUACGAGCGCGGUAGCUUGGUCUCUUGCAAAAUGUGCAACUCUAUUCUGAAAUCUAACAAAAGAGCUGUUAAUGCCCACCUGAAAAAAGCAAACGCAAGCUGACGAACAGCCUAAAUCCUCACGUCAGUCAGCAAAUUCACCAAACGCCCGCUUGCAACAGUGAAAAGACACCCAAUCUACUUGCGCUUCUGCUUGGAUGACAGAACAAAGACAAGUGUUGGUCAACCAACGCUAGUUGUUAUUCGCCAACAACUAGCGUUUCGUUGAAGCCUUCAUCCCACGGACCAGUGCUUCUUAACCUGGGGUUCGAUGGAGUCCCUGUUUCGGCGGAGGUCGGUACACACACGUUGCGCUAGUGCGGGCGGGCGUGCGGUCUUUUAACGCUGCACUUAGCAGGACGCUGUCGACGAGCCCGUUCGCGUUGCGACGCCCGUGGCGGACGUUCGUCGUCGUGCUCGAGUUGAAAUCGGAAACGGCGUGGCUGCGACGUCAAGACGGCGCAUCCAAUAGGAGAAUGGUUGGCGGAGUUCAGAGCGCUAACGGCAACGGGCCAACAUGCGGACGCCGCUAAGCAACAGCUUCCAAAUAUGGUCGAGCUUGCACCGGCGCGCCGUUGACCCUACCAAAGCCGAAAAACGAAUUGUGGACACACUCUUUGAACUCACCGCUCUGCUACGUUGGAACAAGCCGAGUCGCAAUGUAGCAUAAGGGGCGUGGCCUAGUGUGUGACGUCAGUAACUUGACUAGUUAGUCUACAUGAGCGUUUGGGCAUAAGUGCUGGCCUACUGCAGCUCCUUGCGAGUGUUGUCAUUUCGUAUUUGUGUGUUUGUUUGUCCUGUUCAAUAAACGGCUGAAAGUGCAUUAGCGACUGUGACCUUCCAUUUGUUUUUGUUUUUUGUUUUGUUCCCCUCCCUCCUCCCCCACUUGAGCGGUGGUGUAUCUGAAGCUGGCUUGUUUCUCAAACUUGGCACUCAACACAAAGCAAAAAAAACUUAAACUUGGGGUAGAUAUCAACUAGAAAUUAAAAUUCCGGAGACAUAUCCUUUCAAUCCACCCAAGGUGCGGUUUAUCACAAAGAUCUGGCAUCCCAACAUCAGUUCAGUCACAGGUGCAAUAUGUUUGGACAUUCUCAAAGAUCAGUGGGCGGCGGCCAUGACGCUUAGGACAGUCCUCUUGUCACUACAAGCUUUACUGGCAGCUGCAGAACCAGACGAUCCACAGGAUGCAGUGGUAGCCAAUCAGUACAAGCAGAACCCCGAGAUGUUCAAACAGACAGCGAGGCUCUGGUCUCACGUCUACGCUGGCGCUCCCGUCUCCAGUCCGGAUUACACGCGCAAAAUAGACGAACUCUGUGCCAUGGGCUUCGAAAAAAAUGCAGUAAUAGUGGCCUUGUCGUCAAAAUCCUGGGACGUGGAAACGGCGACGGAGCUAUUAAUCAGUAACUGAAUCUCGACAACAGCUUUUACAUCUUCUUCAUCUCCCCCCCCCCCCCCCCACCGCCUCACACGUCUUCGUAUUCUCAGCGUCUCUGCCCGCGUCGCCCCUUCUGUUUCGCAGUGGACUCUGCCCCCCCUCCCCCCCCGCCCCGCACUUCCCCCGCCCCUCUGUUGUGCCACACACUCCAUUCAGUUGCCCGGCAAACACGCAUCGCUGGCCCCCGUGAAGGUCAUUCAACAUUCCGGUCAGUGCUGCAAUCACAAGUCCGACCACUUAUUAAGCCCCCGCCCGCCCCGUGACCCGCCAGUCACGUCUCUGACCGCGUACAACAAACAUUCAUCAUCUAUGUAGGCAUUCACUUUUAGUUUUGGAAAACCUUUUUGUAAGAAAGAGUCAAGCAUUCAGACAGACUCUUUGGACAAAUAUAAUUUUAAACUGGAGACAACUCAUAUACAUUAUCGUGUGCCACUAAUGGCAUUAGUGAGGGUAGCUUACAAUGUGAAAUAAAUUCCAAUUUCAUUGUUUAAGCAAAGAAGGCAUGACUUCUGGAAAGAAUUCCUGCACAGACAUGACCGGGACAUAUUCCUUCGUUUAGAGACCACACCAGUUCACGGCACCGUCGAUGUCGUCCCGUUCAUGUGACUCGGACUCAAUACAAGUUUGGAACCAGGUUUAAGUAAUCCCACCAAAAUAUAUUUGCAGUGUAAUUACUCUCUAAAAGCGCUCUGACAUCCCUCCCCCACUGGUUCAUUACUUGAAUAAACCACCCGUCUUCUCACCACAUAAAAAAAGACAAAGGAAAAAAAGAAAAGCAUUUUAUUUGGUUUUGGCCUUCUACAGGAAUAUAUUUGGAUUCUUGUUUUUAAAAACCUAGAAGAAACACAAAUGCAACCUCCAAAGUAAAAGAAAAUGCUCAAGUAUUGCGCCACCUUGACAAUGCCAACAGAUAUGUGUAAAGAUUCAUCUGUAAAUAAAGAUAAAGUCUGUGUAAAUUAACAAA